AUGGCACCUAAAAAGGGACACAAAGCCAUCGUGCCCGUGCAAAUUGUUCCUGAGAAAAGGGGCUAUGAGUUUGGUGGACCCCUAGGUGCCUUUGUCCUCGUCUUCGGCCUGCCGGUUCUUAUAUAUUGCUUCGCGUUCCUUUGCAAUGACGUCUCAGGCUGUCCCGCGCCCUCUCUCCUUCAUCCCUCGACUUUGACAUGGGACAAUUUGGAAUAUGAAAUCGGGUGGCCCGAGAAGGGCCUCGUCGGCCUUUAUGAUACCGAAGUGACAUUGUGGGUUUUGUCGUAUUACCUCGUUCUUCUCUUGUUGCAGAUUUUCCUUCCCGGCCAGGAAGUGGAGGGUGUCCCAUUGGCGUGCGGUGGACGACAUAAAUACAAGUUUAACACGUUCCGCUCCUCCAUCCUCAUCUUAGCAGCACUCGGUGCAGGCACGUAUGUCAAUGGUGCCGAUUUCGUGGUCUGGACUUUCCUCUGGGACAACUUCGUGCAGGUGAUUACCGCAAAUCUUAUCAUCACCGCAAUUCUCUCCAUUUGGGUAUACGCGCGAAGCUUCUCGAUUCCGGCGCCCGGUGAGCCUAACCCCGAGCUUCGCGAACUGGCGCCUGGAGGACACACCGGUAACAUCAUAUAUGAUUUCUUCAUUGGCCGAGAACUCAACUCUCGUAUCACAUUGCCCAUUCCCUUCGUGAGCGAAGCGGCUCGGACGAUUGAUAUUGGGGUCUUCUGUGAAAUGCGGCCUGGUCUUCUGGGUUGGAUUAUUCUCAACCUUUCACAUGUCGCGCACCAGUACCGCACCCAUGGCUAUGUCACCGACUCCAUUCUCUUUAUCACCGUUGCGCAAGCCUUCUACGUCUUGGACAGCUAUUACAUGGAACCAGCCAUCUUGACCACUAUGGACAUCAUCAUGGACGGCUUUGGCUUCAUGCUAUGUUUCGGUGAUCUGGUGUGGGUACCAUUUCUCUAUUCGACUCAAACAAGGUAUCUUGCAAUGUUCCCUGCGAAGAUGGGUUUGAACGGAAUUGCCGUUUCCCUUGCCGUCACCGGCCUUGGUUACUAUAUUUUCCGCGGUGCCAACAACGAAAAAAACCGCUUCAGAACAAACCCAGAUGACCCCCUCGUCAAGCAUCUCAAGUACAUCACCACCAAGAGCGGCUCCAAACUGCUCACAUCUGGCUGGUGGGGCACUGCUCGCCACAUCAACUACCUCGGCGACUGGCUUAUGUCUUGGGGUUACUGUCUACCAACGGGCUUUGCGGGCUAUACUAUGAUUGAAGCUAUCAACACUUCCACCGGAGAGCUGGAGAAGCAGGCGGUUCAGACUCCGGGCUCUCGAGGAUGGGGUGCGAUUUUCACAUAUUUCUAUAUUUUGUAUUUUGGAAUUCUCUUGAUUCAUCGCGAACAAAGAGAUGAGGAGAAGUGCCAUAAGAAAUAUGGCAAAGAUUGGGAUAAGUAUACUUCGCUGGUGCGAAGCAAGAUUAUCCCAGGCAUAUACUGA